AUGGGAAUAAAAUUUUUAGAAGUUAUUAAGCCAUUCUGUGCAGUGUUACCUGAAAUCCAGAAACCAGAAAGAAAAAUCCAGUUCAGAGAGAAGGUCCUAUGGACGGCUAUCACGCUCUUCAUUUUCUUAGUAUGCUGCCAGAUACCUUUGUUUGGAAUCAUGUCAUCAGAUUCUGCAGAUCCGUUCUACUGGAUGCGAGUCAUUCUUGCGUCAAACAGAGGUACUUUGAUGGAAUUGGGUAUCUCGCCCAUUGUGACAUCUGGUUUGAUCAUGCAGCUGCUAGCUGGGGCGAAGAUCAUUGAAGUUGGUGAUACUCCAAAAGACAGAGCCUUGUUCAAUGGAGCUCAGAAAUUAUUUGGGAUGAUUAUUACCAUUGGGCAACGAAUUUGUCUUCUUUUUAAAAUUCAGCUGUUUGUUGCUGGUUUGAUUGUGUUGCUGUUAGAUGAGUUGCUACAGAAAGGUUAUGGCUUGGGGUCUGGUAUUUCCCUGUUUAUUGCUACCAAUAUCUGUGAAACCAUUGUCUGGAAGGCUUUUAGUCCCACUACCAUCAACACUGGCAGAGGAACAGAGUUUGAGGGUGCUGUGAUCGCAUUAUUUCAUCUUCUGGCUACGCGAACUGACAAAGUCCGGGCUUUGCGGGAGGCUUUUUACCGACAGAAUUUGCCCAACCUCAUGAAUCUGAUUGCUACAGUAUUUGUAUUUGCUGUAGUCAUAUAUUUUCAGGGGUUUCGUGUGGAUUUGCCCAUCAAGUCUGCGCGGUAUCGUGGGCAGUACAGUAGCUAUCCCAUCAAGCUCUUUUAUACCUCCAACAUUCCCAUCAUCCUGCAGUCUGCCUUAGUGUCGAACCUCUAUGUGAUUUCCCAGAUGUUGUCCGUUCGGUUUAGUGGCAACUUCUUGGUGAACUUACUAGGACAGUGGGCAGAUGUCAGCGGCGGUGGCCCUGCUCGCUCUUACCCUGUCGGUGGCCUCUGCUACUACUUGUCCCCUCCAGAGUCCAUGGGUGCAAUAUUUGAGGAUCCUGUCCACGUGAUAGUUUAUAUAAUAUUUAUGUUGGGAUCCUGUGCGUUCUUCUCAAAGACUUGGAUUGAGGUGUCUGGCUCGUCAGCAAAAGAUGUUGCCAAGCAACUCAAAGAACAGCAGAUGGUGAUGAGAGGCCACAGGGACACCUCCAUGGUCCACGAGCUCAACAGGUACAUCCCUACAGCGGCUGCGUUUGGUGGUUUGUGCAUUGGCGCCCUUUCAGUAUUGGCCGACUUCCUAGGAGCCAUCGGGUCCGGCACUGGCAUUCUGCUCGCAGUCACUAUUAUUUAUCAGUAUUUUGAAAUAUUCGUAAAAGAACAGGCUGAGGUUGGAGGAGUAGGUGCAUUAUUUUUCUAGAUGUCCAGAUAUUUCAUGGUGUGUGAAAGGGAAAGUAUUUUGACAACAUGCGUCAUUUAGUCCAAUAAUGCUAUUUUCUUUUUACUUGUUUCAGAGUGCUGCGUGUCCCAUUACUGUAAUGGGCAGUGAGCAAUGCCUGUGUGCAGCGUUAGUACCAGCUGCCUUAAGAAUAAAGUUUACAUUAUCUCUUGUUUA